AUUUUUUAAUUUUAAUGCCAAUGUAAAACAGAUAAAGAAUUACAGUACAACUACACUCUACACAGCUUUAAUAAUUAAUAAUAUAAUAGUAUAUUAUUCUAUAAAAUACAAAAAAAUAGUGUUUAUUAUUAAACUAUGGUUUCUGAAAAAUGAAAAUCUAAAUCUAAGUCUAAUUACUAAUUAAUGUUAAUAUAGUAAUAUUAUUCUAAGUUAUAGAAUUUAAUCAAAUUAUUAAUAUGUUUUAUAAUAUGAGGUAUACUUUGUAAUUGUAACCGAAGAGCAAUGAAAAAAUGUAAUAUCGACUGAUAAAACAUUGUAGAUAUUAAGAAUUUAUAUUUUGCAUUGUUUUUGAUUGGUGGAAAUUGGAAUUGUAAGAUUUUGUAUAAUGGAUGAACAAGAAACAAAUAUUGCAACUUUUGUUGAUUUUGUUGAUUUUGAAUUGCCUGGAAAUGUAUUUAAUAGUGCCAUUGCACUGGGCGAUGUGGACAAUGACAAUGAAAUAGAACUUGUUAUUGGCAGUAUGGAAGGUGAUUUGUACAUAUUUAAAGGUCACCGGCUAAUUCAAAAAAUAUCUGGAUUAGGCAUAAUUACUGCAAUAGCUAUUGGAGACUUAAUGAACUGUGGCAGUAAUGCUUUAAUUGUUAUAUCUGGUGAUGGUUGGUGUCAUAUUUAUUUAUGCUUAAAGUUUAGUAAGUUAGAUCCAGCUGAUGAAUGUAUUAUGAAACUUGAACCUGUACAUGAUCAGCGAAUCCCAGCAAAUACCAAAGUGAUUUUACUAGGUGAUAUUGAUUCUGAUGGAAUGUUAGAACUAAUCGUUGGUUUGACGGACAGAGUGGUGCGUUCCUAUCGUUGGAGUCAGAGUGCAGCUGCUGGACGACUAGUACCAUUACAUAAAUGGGAAUGUGCUAACCAAAUCGGAACAAUUAUAUUGAUUAAGGAUGUUAAAAAUAGACCAUGUUUACUCGUUUCUCAACCUGGUGUCACUGCAAUGCGUUUUUAUUGUCCCAUUGCUUUUCCAGAAUUAAUUGAAAAAACAAUUGAAUAUGAAAAUGAAAAUGACUUGCCAUUAGAACUGCUUAAUCCUUCCAUAUCCUCAGUAAUGAUAGGAGAUCUCAAAGUAGAUACAAAUUGUGAACAAGAACUAUUUGAUAAAAAUGAUCAUUUAUAUGGAAUUGCUUCUUUAAAUGGCUUAGUAAUGUUGGCAAAAAAAGAGACAAUAUUAUGGGGUAAAAGUACCGAUCAAGAAUUGUUUGUUUUAAGUAAAUUGUCUAUAGUAGACGGUGGCCCUGAUUACUUAAUAACAUGUUCAUCAAAUGGAGAUACCUUUAUUGUGGAUCAGAUGGGUCAACAUGCAACAUUUAAGUUUGGAGAAUCUGUUUCUGCGUUUUGUUGUGGAAUGUAUACAGUAAAACCAAAUACAAAAUCUAUGUCUAGUUUUGUGUUUAUAACUAAUUCACAAAAGGUUUAUAUUUAUUAUGGUUUGAAAUUACCAAAUACGUGUGUCCAGAGCUUAUCAAAAUGUAUUGAAAAGGACAAUAAGCUUUCAAAAUAUAUGGACAAAUAUGAAGAACCAUUGAAAAAAAAAAUAAUUAGGAACUGUCUUUAUAAAUAUAAUCCUAAUAAAAUUUAAUAUGUAUAAUAUGAUAUGAUAUCAGUAAUAUAUAUUUUGUUACCAAAAA